UUUUUUUGCAUUUUUUCCCUUCCAUUUUAAAGUAUUCCUCACCUCAUUCCCCACUCAUCUCGUCUCUGCCGCGUAUCGACCCCGCAUUUUAUUUUAUUUAUCUCAAUGGGUUUUUCUAAUAUUAUUUUCAUGGAUAAAUUAUCUUAAUUAGUUUCCUUCUAAUAUCAUUCAGCUAAUCUGGAAGCAGAUUUUGGGGGUUAAGAGAUUUUAUCUACAGAGAAGAUGGUGACAUCUGAGCAAGAACAUGAUUUUGUUAAGUGGGGUUUGCAACUAUUCAAUAGUGAUCCCUAUGCUAAUUGUGGAUAUUGUGGUGUGUUAACUCAAGAAAAUGGAGAGUAUUACACUGGAAAUAGUUUCAAGGAGGAUGACCAUUACGACGCGGGAGAAUGUUGUAAUGUGGAAAAUGAUGAGGCUAUUGCUCAUACUCUUCAACUUCAAGAACUGUCAAAACUUGCAGUGGUGGGAUCUCCAAGCCAAGGGGAGGAAGAAGAAUUGCAAUUGCAAGUGUCUGGUUACACUCGAGAUUGUAUCAAUCAGUCUGUUGGGGACUUUGGUUCUGGGCAAGGUUGUGGUGAGGAAGAGCAAGAUGAAAUAACAACUUCUAGUUCAUGUUCUAGCCCUGAAGAGAAGUUGUUAUGUGAAGAGGAUAGGUCAUAUUCAUUGGAGCUAACCGAUGAGUUUGCUCUUGAUGGUGAAGUUGGGAAAAGGCUGAACCAGAUGGUUCCUGUUCCUCAUAUUCCAAGAAUCAAUGGUGAAAUACCCUCUGUUGAUGAAGCAACUUUAGAUCAUCAAAGACUACUAGAGAGAUUGCAAGUCUAUAAUUUAGUGGAGCUUAAAGUUGAAGGAGACGGUAACUGUCAGUUCCGUGCUCUAUCUCAUCAAGUUUAUCGAACUCCUGAGCAUCAUGAGUUUGUGAGGCAGCAAGUUGUAGACCAGCUUAAGUCUUGUCCAGAUAUAUAUGAGGGGUAUGUUCCCAUGGCAUACGGUGACUACCUGGAGAAGAUGUCCAAGAGUGGUGAAUGGGGUGAUCACGUCACUUUGCAGGCUGCUGCAGAUUCGUAUGGUGUUAAAAUAUUUGUCAUAACAUCUUUCAAGGACACUUGCUACAUUGAGAUUCUUCCAAAUGUCCAAAAGUCAAAACGAGUUAUUUUUUUGAGCUUUUGGGCAGAGGUACACUACAACUCAAUAUAUCCAGUUGGAGAUGUGCCUUCAUUCGGGAUGAAGAAGAAGAAAAGGUGGCGAAUGUUGCGGAACAAGCAUUUGGAGUCAACUGAUGGAUAUCAAUGAAUCAAUCAAGCUUUGUUGCUUCAGCAAGAAAGCUAAUGUGCCUCGCCGUUAAUUUUCUACCAAUGCAAUGUUAGAUUCAAUGUUUAUUUUAAGGAUGGAAAAGCAAAGCAAAGCAAAGCAAAGCAAGGUAGGAGACAUCAUCUUGCUUGCUUCAAUGCUCCACUUAGAUUGUAUAUUUCUUGGAUUCAAUCUAUCCUCAUUUGUUUUCCAAAUAAAGAUAUAGUACCAUGUGUGUA